AUGGCUGAAGACUUCAGCGAAGGCCGCCUCGAGACGCUCGUUGGUAGCCCGCAGAAGGAGCUGGCGGGCACGCAGAAUGCCUAUGUCUCGUACCUGGUCACGACAAAGUCCGACUAUCAAUCCUUCCAGAAGCCCGACUUCUCCGUCCGCCGCCGCUUCACCGACUUCGUCUUCCUCUGGAAACAGCUGUCCAAGGAAUACCCGCAAUGCGCCGUCCCCCCGCUGCCCGACAAGCACAAGAUGGAGUACGUCCGCGGCGACCGCUUUGGCCCUGACUUCACCCAGCGCCGCGCCCACUCGCUGCACCGCUUCCUCAAGCGCCUGGCCCUGCACCCCGUCCUGCGUCGCGCCAUGCUGCUCAUCACCUUUCUCGAGAGCCCCGACUGGAACCAGCACAUGAAGGGCCGCUCCUCGCGCGCCGCCAGCGGUUCAGAGCCCGGCACCGGCGGCUUCGUCGACGCCAUCGCCGAGAGCCUCGUCAACACCUUCACAAAGGUCCACAAGCCCGACCGCCGCUUCAUCGAAGUCAGCGAGCGCGCCGCCAAGCUCGCCGAGGACCUCAACAACGUCGAAAAGGUCACGCUCCGCGUCGCCCGCCGCCAGGCCGACCUCGAGCAGGACUACGCCGACCUGGCCACCCAGUGCCAGAAGCUGACCGCCCUCGAGCCCGCCGUCGAGGCUACCCUCACCUCCUUCGCCGCCUCCGUCACCACCACCUCCCAAGGCUUCAAGUCGAUCAAGGAGCACACGGACCAGAACUACCUCACCUCACUGCGCGACAUGGACGCCUACAUCCUGGCCGUGCGCAACCUCCUGCGCAUCCGCGAGGCCAAGCAGCUCGACUUUGAGGCGUUGAGCGAGUACCUGGCCAAGUCCGCCGCCGACCGCGACUCGCUCGCCUCGCAGCACGGCGCCGGCAUGGGCGCCUCGGGCUUCCUGCGCAGCAAGGUCGAGGACUUCCGCGGCAUCGACCACGACCAGGCCCGGCGGCAGCGCGUGCGCAAGCUCGAGGUCGAGAUCGAGCGCCUGACGGGCGAGGUCGAGAACAGCAAAAAGGCCACCGAGGCCUUUGACGAGCACACCGUCAAGGAGAUUGCCGACUUUGAGCGCAUCAAGGCGGUCGAGUUCAAGGACACGCUGGGCGACUUGGCGGACGCGCACGUCGACUUCUUCCAGGGCGCCAUUGAUACGUGGGAGGGGUUUUUGGAGGACAUGCGCCGGGACGAGGACGGGCGGAGGAGUGGAGUGGAAUAA